AUGGCGACGAGGAGACAAGGUUACGCGGCCAUUCCAACCAAUGAAGAGGGAGACACUGAACAACAGCCCCAUGGAGUGAAUGACAGCGACAGCAGCUUGCUUGGUCGUGUCAAGAACUAUGACUAUCGCGGCUUCUUUUCACGUUACCGCAUUGGCUACAUUCUCGCGAUCCUCAUUCUUUUGGCGUUGGGAGCAGCUUUAUUUGUGGCACUUCUUCUUCCUGAAAACGGCAGUGAUGGCAAUAAUCCAUGGCAUCGAUCACACUUGCAAGCACCUGUCAAAGCGGGUAUCUCCAAGGUUGCCAUGCAACAAGGACUUGACAAAUGCGAGGCUAUUCAGAACAAACGACGUAUUCCCAAUGAGCCCAAUCCACAUCGAUCGAAUCCACGUGCAUCCAAUGAUAGUCAACCUAUUUUACUCAAGAAUGCCAAUGUUUGGGAUGGACAAGGCAAUGUGUUGGAAGAUGUUGAUAUCUUGAUGCAAGAUGGCGUGAUCAAAAAAGUGCAAGCUGAUAUCACCGAGACGCCGGAUGGUACCAAGAUCAUUGAUGUUCGAGGUCAUAUUGUGAGUCCUGGAUUAGUUGACAUGCAUAGUCACCUGGGAUUAGACUCAUGGCCUGAAUUGGAUGGUUCUCAAGAAACAAACGAGGCUUCGAAUCCAUUGACUCCAUUUGUACGCUCCCUUGAUGCUUUCAGCCCUUCAGAUAAUGCUAUCCGCAUCGUUGCAUCGGGUGGUGUCACGACCGCUCUCGUCCUUCCUGGAUCAGCCAACAUCAUGGGUGGUGAAGCCUUUGUGUUCAAACUACGUCCAGUACCCACUACAAGUAAUGCCGACAUGCUUGUUCAAGCUGGCAUCGAUGAAUCUAUUGAAACAAAAUGGCGUUGGAUGAAAAAUGCGUGCGGCGAGAACCCAAAAAGAUUUUAUGGGACUCAUGGACGUAUGCCAAGAACUCGUAUGGGUGAAGCGUACAUGUUCCGACAACGAUUGGAUGAAGCACGUCAAUUAUUGGAAGCUCAAAAUGAUUGGUGUCUUGCCGCACAAGAUUUGGAUAUCAAUGCUCCUGAUACUCGUCUCGAAUCCCGAUUCCCAGAAGAUCUUGCAUAUGAAUCUCUCGUUGCACUCUUGCGUGGUGAUGUCCGAUUGAACAUCCAUUGUUAUGAGACACAUGACUUGGAAGCUAUGAUUCGCCAUUCGCAUGAAUUCAACUUUAACAUCACUGCAUUCCACCAUGCCCUUGAUGCGUACCUUGUACCUGAUAUCAUCAAGCGAGCCAAGAAUGAGAUUGUGAUUGCCACCUUUGCUGAUCAUUGGGGAUACAAAAAAGAAGCAUUCCAAGCCUCGCCCUAUGGCCCCAAGAUUCUUCAUGAUGCUGGUAUCCCUGUGGCUCUCAAAUCCGAUCAUCCAGUCCUCAACUCUCAACAUUUGGUGUUUGAAGCUGCAAAGGCCAAUCAUUAUGGUCUCCCAUUACAAGAAGCCUUCAAAGCUGUGACCUCUGUACCUGCCAAAGCCAUCGGAUUGGAUCAUCGCGUUGGAUCACUCAAGCCUGGAUAUGAUGCGGAUGUGGUCAUUUGGGAUCGUGAGCCUCUUACGCUUGGUGCUACACCUCUUCAAGUGUUUGUCGAUGGUAUUCCUCUCUUUGAUGAAACGCCUAUUGAACCUGCCAACGCCAAGUAUGAUACUACCGCUGAAUCAAACAAGGAGAUUUCUGUUCAAGCAAUGACGGCUGAUAUCAAGGAUGAAGACUCAUUCAUGUUGACCAAUGUGGGUGGUGCCAUGGUUGGAAAAGAUUUCAUUACCGGUCCUGUCAAUGUCUAUGUGCAAGAUGGCAAGGUGGUCUGUGCGGGUGAUAAGUGUGACAGCGAGAUGGUGCAUACCAAGGAUAAUGUUCGCAUGAUGGAUGUCAAUGGCGGUUAUGUGAUUCCUGGUCUUAUUGCAGUUGGCUCUCAUUUGGGUGUGGUGGAAAUUCCUUCCGAAGAAAGUACUGGUGAUGGCACUGUCAAGGCUUCAAAGUCCAAGGAUCCCCAAGAUGUGGUUUAUGCGGUUGAUGGCAUUAAGUUGGGUACUCGGCAUUUGGAAGAGGCAUUCAAGGGUGGUGUCAUGAACAGUAUUACUGCACCCAUGUCCGAUAAUGUCAUUGUUGGUGUGAGCACGGCUUUCAAGACACAUGCUGAUUCAUUACUUUCGGAAGGUGCACUCAUUACUCCAGCUGCAGCCUUACAUUUACAAAUUGGAGAUAACGCCAAAUCAGCCAGCUUCCCCACCGUCUCGUCUCAAAUUUCGUUUAUUCGUCAGGUAUUGAAAGACAAUGUCGAUAGCAAGAAUGUGUUUGGACAAGCUGCACGAGGUGAAAUCCCAACGGUGGUGAGCGUACACAACAAAGACGAGAUUGCAUCUUUGGUGAUGCUCAAGCAGAACCAUUUGCCUGAGACACGAUUUGUGGUGAUGGGUGGCGCCGAGGCACAUCUUGUAGCACAACAUUUGGCAGAUGCAGAUAUUCCCGUUAUCCUACGACCCACUCUUUGUACACCAGCUAGCUUCGACUCUAUUCAUUGUUUGACCGGUGCACCCUUGACCAAUGGUACAGCAGCUCAUGUGUUACAUCGCCAUGGUGUCAAGAUUGCUUUGGGCGUUGAAGAUGAUGGAUUGGCACGUAAUUUGGCUUGGGAUGCUGGAUGGUUAGCUGCUACUUCACCCAACACUGCUACCGAUGAUGCUAGUCAUAUAUCGGAAGAAGAAGCUAUGCGAUUUGUUACCACCAAUAUCCAAGAGAUUUUCGGUCUUUCCUCUUCUCAGAGCAUGGACGGCAAUGAUGAAUUUGUUGUGUGGUCAAACAAUCCCUUGCAAUUACAUAGCCGACCUCUAUUUUCCUAUUCCAAAUACCAGGGUAUCAAGUCCAUUGUAUAA